AUGGACAACUUCAAGGCUUUCGGCAAUAGCCUGAGCAACAUUGGCUCCCAGAUCACCCCCUUCGCCUCCCGUACUUUCCAGCAGGCCAAGGAGCAGCUGGGCCAAGCUGAGGAUAAGACUCAGCUCCCUCCCGACUAUAUCGAUCUGGAGAAGCGAGUGGAUGCGCUCAAGCAGGUUCACCAGAAGAUGCUUGCUGUGACCUCCCAGUACGCCAACGAAGCCUACGACUACCCACCCAACAUCAAGGAGACCUUCCAGGAUCUCGGCCGCACCGUCAGCGAGAAGGUCCAGCUACUUUCGACUGCCUCCAGCCCCGCCGAAGCCCAAGCUGCCCUGACCGCACCUCCCUCCGCGAAGCCGCAACCCAAGACCUUCAACCACGCCAUUGCGCGUGCCAGUCUGGCCAGCUCCCAGCUCCUACAUCAACAACACACCGGUGCUGGGGAGGAUCCUCUUGCCACUGCGUUUGAGAAGUAUGCGCUGGCUGAGGAGCGAGUCGGCGAGGCUCGCCUUGCCCAGGAUGCGCAGAUCCAGAGCAGAUACCUGGCUGGCUGGAACACCACGCUGAACACCAACCUGAUGUUCGCCACGCGCGCGCGCAGGAACGUCGAGAAAGCUCGUCUGACUCUGGACGCUGUCAAGGCUCGCCACAAGGGGACGACCUGGAAGAUAGGCCCAACCUCCCCUCGCGACGAGCACCCUCCUUCCUCCGAGGAGCUCAGCCCCGAGGCUCAAGAGGAGAUCGAGAAGGCCGAGGACGAAUUCGUCACCCAGACUGAGGAGGCCGUGGGUGUCAUGAAGAACGUCCUGGAUACCCCCGAGCCUCUCCGUAACCUUGCAGAGCUCAUUGCUGCUCAAGUUGAAUACCACAAGAAGGCUUACGAGAUCCUGAACGAGCUUGCUCCAGUCAUCGAAGGCCUUCAGGUUGAGCAGGAGGCCAACUACCGCAAGAGCCGCGAGAGCGCGUCUUAG